CACCACCACCUCCACCACCUUGACGUUCGGGAAUCGGAACUCUGGAAGAUCUUAUUUAUUACUUGGCACGCCUGGACACCGCUUUGGAGCCUCGGACCUUUUUGGCCCUUCCUUCAUUGGUUGCGUGCGUCUUACUGCCUGUGAGCUCACUGUCCUCUACUCCUCUUUCUCUCUCGUGCUGGACUUUUGUCCGUCUUACACAUUCAUCAAUCUGCCACGCCACGAUGGCCGACGAGCGACACUUGUCGGUGGCUUGCCACGACACAAGUCAGCCCGCGGAGGGCCAUGGGCGCAGCAGCGGACAAGCGGGAGCCGUAUUCCCGCGUCUCAUCGAUGCCACGUACGAGGACCUCGCAGAUGGGCUCAAGAGGGGCCUUUUCACAAGCGUAGAGCUGGUCGAGGCAAGUACAUCGCAGUGACUGCCAGCAGAGCCGUGAAAGCGAAAAACAGAGAGGGACUCAAGCCUGACGCUGCGGUGACUAGACGUACCUGGCGCGCAUCAAGCAGGUCAACGAUGAGCUGCACUGCGUGACGGAGGUCAACCCGGAUGCUCGCGAGAUUGCUGCCGAACUUGACAGGGAGAGAGCUGCCGGAAAGAGCCGAGGGUAGUGGAAGUGUUGCGCCCCCCCCCCCGUCUCAUGAUGGAUUAUGCUUACAUGUGCGACAUGAGUGUAGGCCGCUCCACGGCAUCCCCAUGCUCGUCAAGAACAACAUUGGGACAGCUGACGAUAUGAAUACCACGGCCGGGUCGUGGAUCCUCUACGGAGCCAAGGUUCCCCGCGAUGCCGGUGUCGUCACCAAGCUGCGCGCAUCCGGGGUGGUCAUCCUUGGCAAGACCAACAUGUGCCAAUGGGCCGGGUACCGCUGCAAGAAGCCCAGCAGCGGGUGGUCUGCGCACGGCGGGCAGACGUUUGCCCCUUACUACGAGUCUCAGGAGCCCUGCGGCAGCUCCGGCGGCAGCGCCGUGGCCGUGGACCUGGGCCUUGCGUUUGCCGCGUUGGGCACGGAGACGGACGGUUCGGUCGUGUGGCCGGCGCAGAGGAGCGGCGUGGUCGGGAUCAAGCCGACCGUCGGCAUGACGUCGCGCGACAUGGUGGUGCCCAUAUCAGAGCGCAUGGAUACCGUUGGGACGAUUGCGCACACGGUUCGGGAUGCCGCAUACGCGCUGCAGGCCAUCACCGGGCCGGAUCCCCACGAUGGCUAUACGACGCUUAUCCCGACGAUACCAGACUUUGUGGCGGCGUGCAAGGAGGACGCGCUGCGCGGGUCCAGGAUAGGGGUCCCUUGGAACGUCAUCGAGGCGCAAAACGAGGACAAGAGAUGGGAUGUUGAGAUCGGCGGAUUCAAGCAGGCUCUCGAAGUCCUCGAAAAGAACGGAGCCACCGUCAUCGAGGUCGAGUUCAGCGCCAAGAUGGACGAGCUCCGAGAGGCCGAGUACACAGUCAUGGGAGCCGACUUCAUGUCCAGUCUCGCCCUGUACUUUGCGGAGCUCAGCGUCAACCCGAGCGGCGUCCGCACGCUCGCCGAGCUGCGAGACCUCACGCAGAGGCACCCCAAGGAGGGCUUCCCGGGGAAGAAUACGGCGCACUGGGACGACGUGCUGGCGCAGGGCUGGGACAACAGCGACGCGCGCUUCGCGCCGGCGUGCGAGCGGCUCCUCGAGCUGGGCGGGCCGCAGGGCCUGCUCGGGGCGCUGGACCGGCACGACCUCACGGCGGUGGCGAUGCCGACGACGCUCGCGGCGGAGUGGACGGCCGUGGUCGGCGCGCCCAUGGUGUCGGUGCCGAUGGGCCAUUACCCGGCCGAUGCCGAGGUGGUGUGGCUGGAUAACGACGACGACGACGACGAAGCCGAAGACGGAGGCGGCAGCGGUGGCGGGGGAGGCGGCGGCAGCAGCAGGAGCAGGAGCAUGGUCGAUACGGCGCCGGGCGUGCCGUACGGCCUGAGCUUCCUGGGGCGGCUGUGCUCGGACGCGGACCUGGUGGGGUUGGCGUACGCGUUUGAGCGGCAGACGAGGGUUCGCGAGCGGCCGGUGAGGCGGUGGGCGAUGGCGGACGUGGAGGUGCGAUGUUCGCGGUGAGACAUGGUACUGUAGGUACUCAAUAGCAGCCAUUGAUUGUUAGGUAUUCAACUUGCGUCGUGGGUAGCCCAUCGCCGCUUCUGCUCUUGCU